AUGACUUGCUUGCUGAAACAUGGGGAUUUCCAUCACCGCCAAUUAUCAUUUUCACAGCGUAUUUACAAUAUGAUCAACAAAAUCUACACACUUUAUGCAUUUUUCCCAAAAAUGUAUAAUUCACAGAACGCCCUCUUUAAGCGCAUGGUGCGCGAGGAUUUUCCGGAUCUAAGACAUCUGGCGCAACAAGCAUCUGUUGCAUUCGUUAACACCUUACCGAAUAUCGGUAUUGCACGACCUAUUUCCAGUAAAAUUGUUUUCAUUGGAGGUAUUGUUAAGAAGCAGGUAACAGUGAUGGAAAAGCGAUUUACGGAUUUGUAUGAAAAUGCGCGUAAGGGUGUUGUGGUUUUUUCGCUUGGAUCACUUGUUGAUACGGUUAAAAUGCCAAAACAAAUGAAAAACGACGUGUCACUGGCAUUCUCUCGUUUUCCGGACUAUGAUUUCGUUGUUAAACUAACAGUAAGUGAUGAAGAACGAGAGAAAUUUGCAUCAUCUUACCCCAAUGUGCACUUCUUCGACUGGAUUGAUCAGGUCAAUAUUCUCCACCAUCCAAAAACGAAGGCAUUCAUAACGCAUGCCGGUUUAAAUAGUCUCACGGAAGCAGCAUUUGCCGGAACACCACUCAUUUGUGUACCGAUGUUUGCUGACCAGCACUACAACACAGCCAUUUCGCUGAGGAAAAAAACCGGGGUUUAUCUGAACAAAAAGCAUAUCGACGCAGAAACUAUGAUAGAAGCACUCCAGGAAGUACUCAGUGAUCCAAGGCCUGUUUGCAGUCCUCAGAAAAAAACUCAUUUUGAGGGACAAACUGUGCAUGGCAAGCACUCAUCGUCACGUACUCAAAACAUUUCUUCGAGAACCGAAAAGCUGUCCAUUAUUUUUCAAUACUCGUUGAUUGAUUACUAGUU